GGCGCUGCGGAGACCGUUGACUCAUUUGCAUGUCCCCGCCUCGCGCGGCGGCGGGUGAGGAGCCUGAGGCGGCGGCGGGGGCGGCUCCGCGCGCAGUGGGCUCGGGGGCAAGGAAAUAUGGCAGCAAGGCGAAUUGCACAGGAGACUUUUGAUGCCGUAUUACAAGAAAAAGCUAAACGAUAUCAUGUGGACUCCAGUAGUGAGACUGUAGGAGAAACUCUUCAGUUUAAAGCUCAAGAUCUCUUAAGGACAGUCCCAAGAUCCAGAGCGGAUAUGUAUGAUGACGUUCACAGUGACAGCAGAUACUCCCUCAGUGGAUCUGUAGCUCACUCUCGAGAUGCUGGGAGAGAAGGCCUGAGAAGUGAUGUGUUUCCAGGACCCUCCUUCAGAUCAAGCAACCCUUCCAUUGGUGAUGACAACUACUUUCGCAAAGAAUGCAGUCGGGAUCUGGAAUUUGCCCAUGCUGACACCCGGGACCAGGUCUUUGGCCACCGGAAAUUAGGGCAUUUCCAUUCUCAGGACUGGAAAUUUGCACUCCGUGGCUCUUGGGAGCAAGACUUUGGCCACCCAGUUUCCCAGGAAUCAUCCUGGUCACAGGAGUACAGUUUUGGUCCUUCUGCUGUGUUGGGGGACUUGGCCUCAUCCAGGCUGAUCGAGAAAGAGUGUUUGGAAAAAGAGAGUCAAGAUUAUGAUGUGGACCAUCCGGGGGAGGCUGACUCUGUUUCCAGGGGCACUGGUCAAAUUCAGGCCAGAGGCCGAGCUCUAAACAUCAUUGACCAGGAAGGCACCCUUCUAGGAAAGGGGGACACUCAGGGCCUGCUGUCAAAGGGUGGUGUUGGGAAACUUGUCACACUGAGAGGUGUGACCACAAAAAAAGUACCUGUUAUAAAUCGUAUUACUUCCAAAACUCAGGGCACUAACCAAAUCCAGAAAGCUACUCCAAGUCCUGAUGUGACCCUGGGGACAAACCCAAGGACAGAAGACAUCCAGUUCCCCACUCAGAAGAUCCCCUUGGGGCUCGAUUUAAAGAACAUUCGGUUCCCUAGAAGAAAGAUGAGCUUUGACAUUAUAGAUAAGUCAGAUGUUUUCUCAAGAUUUGGGAUAGAAAUAAUCAAAUGGGCAGGAUUCCAUACUAUAAAAGAUGAUGUUAAAUUUUCCCAACUUUUCCAGACUCUUUUUGAACUUGAAACUGAAACCUGUGCUAAAAUGCUUGCCUCAUUCAAAUGCUCCUUAAAACCAGAGCACAGAGAUUUUUGCUUUUUUACUAUCAAAUUUUUAAAGCACUCGGCUUUGAAAACACCCAGAGUUGAUAAUGAGUUUUUAAACAUGCUUUUAGACAAAGGUGCUGUGAAGACCAAAAAUUGCUUUUUUGAAAUCAUAAAGCCCUUUGACAAAUACAUAAUGAGGCUUCAAGAUCGACUUCUGAAGAGUGUCACACCCUUGCUCAUGGCCUGCAAUGCCUAUGAGCUUAGUGUCAAGAUGAAGACUCUCACUAACCCUCUGGACUUGGCUAUUGCCCUGGAGACCACCAAUUCUCUCUGCCGGAAGUCUUUAGCCCUUUUGGGACAGACAUUCUCCUUGGCUUCUUCUUUCCGGCAAGAGAAAAUCUUAGAAGCUGUUGGUCUCCAAGAUAUAGCUCCCUCUCCUGCUUCCUUUCCAAACUUCGAGGACUCCACUUUGUUUGGGAGAGAGUACAUAGAUCAUCUGAAAGCUUGGCUGGUCACCAGUGGGUGUCCCUUACAGGUCAAGAAGACUGAAGCAGAGCCAGUGCGAGAGGAGGAGAAAAUGAUUGCUCCCAUGAAACCGGAAAUUCAGGCCAGGGCUCAAAGUGGUCUGAAUGAUGCAGUUCCCCAGCGAGCAGAUCACAAGGUGGUGGACAUCAUUGACCAGCUUGUCACACGCAUUGUAGAAGGCACCCUGUCUCCCAAAGAGAGAUCUAUUCUCAAGGAAGACCCUGCUUACUGGUUUUUGUCUGAUGAAAACAGUCUGGAAUAUAAGUAUUACAAGCUGAAGUUGGCAGAGACCCAGCGGAUGAGCCAGACCUUGCAAGGAAUUGACCGGAAGCCAACAUCUGCGGAGUGUGCAGUGCGGGCCAUGCUGUAUGCCCAGGCAGUCCGGAACCUCAAAAAGAGACUGCUUCCCUGGCAGCGUCGGCGACUCCUUCGUGCUCAGGGACUGCGGGGCUGGAAGGCAAGGAGAGCAACCACUGGGACCCAGACCCUUCUGUCAUCAGGCACCAGGUUAAAACACCAUGGUCGGCAUGCUGCAGGUUCCUCACAGGCAAAGUCAUCCCUCCCAGAUGGAAACAAUGCUGCCAAGGACUGCCCACCAGACCCAACCAGACCCUCUCCUCAGGAUCCCAGCCCAGAAGCCUCAGGCCCAUCCCCUAGGCCAGCAGAAAUGGAUGUCUCUGAAACCCCUCACACCUCCUCUCCCAGCCCAUCUACUGACGUUGACAUGAAGACCAUGGAGACUGCAGAGAAACUGGCCAGAUUUGUUGCUCAGGUGGGACCAGAGAUUGAGCAAUUCAGCAUAGAAAACAGCACCGAUAACCCUGACCUGUGGUUUCUACAUGACCAAAAUAGUUCUGCUUUCAAAUUCUACCGGAAGAAAGUGUUUGAACUGUGCCCAUCUAUUUGCUUCACAUCAUCAUCCCUCAAUCUUCAGACCAGCAUGGGCGGUGAGAGUGCAGACUCUCAGGAGAGCCCCUUAGACCAUGCGGAAAGGGAGGGAGAGUUAGAGGAUGAGCACCCUCAGCAGGAGGCUGAGCUGGAGAGCCCAGAGGUGAUGCCCGAGGAGGAGGAAGAGGAGGAGGAGGAGGACGAAGAGGACGAGGAGGAUGAAGGGGGAGAGGAGGCCCUUGCUCACAGAGCCUCCAGACCAGGAGCAAGAGCUGACAAAUCUGAAGGCUCUGAGGGCAGCCCUCCUGCUGAUGGCCUCCCUGGCGAAGGUGCUGAGGAUGAUCCAGCAGGAACUCCAGGCUUAUCACAGGCUGCCUCUAGCACAUGCUUCCCCCGGAAGAGGAUCAGCAGCAAAUCACUGAAAGUUGGCAUGAUUCCAGCUCCCAAGAGGGUGUGUCUCAUCCAGGAGCCACAAGUCCAUGAACCAGUUCGAAUUGCCUAUGAUAGGCCUCGAGGUCGUCCCAUGUCCAAAAAGAAGCUCUUUCUCUUUCCUCAGAAACCCAAAGACUUGGACUUCGCCCAGCAGAAGCUGACCGACAAGAAUCUGGGCUUUCAGAUGCUACAAAAGAUGGGCUGGAAGGAGGGCCAUGGCCUGGGCUCCUGUGGGAAGGGCAUCCGGGAGCCCGUCAGCAUGGGAACUGCCUCAGAAGGGGAGGGCUUGGGUGCCGAAGGGCAGGAGCACAAAGAAGACACAUUUGACGUGUUCCGUCAGAGAAUGAUGCAGAUGUACAGACACAAACGGGCCAACAAAUAGAUGACAGCCACCUGCCACAUAAUGCAGCCAGGACACAGACUGUUCCCUAGUCAGGAGUGGCCUUGCUAUCCGGAAGCAUAAGGAUGAACAUGGAAGCCGAAACCACAAGGAGCAGCAGUUGGCCACGUCCUUUUUGAGGGUCUUCAAAUCCUUUCUCUUCCGAAGGGCCUUGGGCCUUUAAAUCUCAUAUUCUUUCUUUAGUUAUCCUCACCCAUGACUUCCCAACUCUCAGUUUUGAACAAAAUCGUUCUCUUCCUGACUAGAUCAGAACCACUGAUGAGAAAAGAUAAACCUUGAAGCUGCAAUUACUCUUAAACCAUCAUCCUGCCCUGGAUCUGCCUGGAGCCAAGUGCGGUGUGGUGUGUACGUGAAAACCAACAUCUACAGUCUCUGGGGAGGAGGUUUCCAACGCCAGCCUGCCUUUCUCUUAAAGAAAAACAGAUGCACCAUUCUCAAUAUGCUUUUUGCCUUUCCUUUUCUCUUCCAAAUGCUUUCAGCAUCAUGUCCUCUCCAAAUCUGUCUUGGUUCCUCUCCAAAAGGUGGCACUGCCCACAAGUACCUUGGCCUGUUAAGUGCGAAGGACCCAGCUCCAUGGUUAAGUUUCUGGCAAGAGGGGUCAUUGCUGUCCUGGAGCACCAAAGGCCAUGCAGACACAAGUACAGAUUGUACUUUCCUGUCCUCCAGAAUUUAUCUAGGAAUAUAGAUUGGUAAUCUCCAGGCCUACACUCUGCUACUAAAGCUGAAUGGAGAUCUCUGAACAGUUCAGAUACUUGCUUUAUUGAACAUAUUAUAUUAUCAGUGACAUUUCAUCUCUUUAAAAAUCCUGAGACAUCAUCAGUUUUUAGCAGCAGUCUAAUAUAACUCUAUUCAGUGGGGAGUAAUCAUUAAACAGAUAUGAAAUUUUUCCUAAGUGUAUGUGUGUCUAAAAUCCACAAAGAAAACAGGCUGUAUUUGGUAUUGUUGGAUUUUGGUUUUCUCCCCCAUGCUGAGAAUGGAGCCCAGGGCUUUGCACAUGCUAGGCAAGUGUACUACCAUCAAGCUACAUCUCCCAGUCUUAAUUUUUUUAUAUUGAGACAGGGUCUCACUGAGUUGCCCACAUUGAUCUUGAAUUUGUGAUCCUCCUGCCUCAGCCUCCCAAGUAGCUGAGGUUCCAGAUGUGCACCACUGCACCUAGCCACUGGAUUUUUUUUUUUUUUGAGUACAUAUGGAGUCUUCCCUACAAAAGGCCAAGGGGCUGUAAAUUCUCCAAGACUUCAUCUGUUGCAUGUUCAGCAAUGUAAAGAAUUGUUCCCUUAGAGCCUUUGUAAAGAACAGAAAGACUGCUCUCAGAAGAUUGGCUCUGCAGUUGUUUGCUGUUUCAAGAAGGUAAUUACAGAACCUUCCAGAUUCCUCAGCACUCUCCUACUUGUAACUCCAUAUGGAAUGCUCAGACUGGGGGCAUCUCAACCCUUCUUCAUAAAGCAGCAAUGUUGAACUUUUACGUGUGUGCUAAAAUCUGGAAAAUUUGGAAUCCUGUUGACACCCAGAGAUUGGGGUACACAGCAACAAUUAGGGUGUCAGCCACAGAGCUGAGUGAGACUCAGGACUGUGAGGAAUCCUUACUUUCUGAAAGCUACAGCCCUCCCAGGCUGUGCUCCUACCUCUGGGUUCUAUCUGGCCCACUGUCCCCACUCCAUGCUGCUUCUCUUCAUAGCAGGUGCAGUCCCUGGGGCCUGCUUGCUUCUGGUCACUUCUGUUACUUUGGCAACUGGCAGAUCUUUAUGGCUGUGGAGGUGCCAGCACUGAGGAUGGGCCUCAAUCCAACCCUCAAAUAAGCCAGCCUGCAGGGGUGGGAGGUGAAACAAUUUGGGGAACCCCAGGUUCACCUUCUUUACUUUCCUCACCUUUCUAGAAACUUCCAUGUUAGUCAUGGGUCAGGUGAACAGAUGGAAUUCCGAACAAGCACCAGUCCAUGGAGGCCUCUUGAGAAGUGCCCUUUGUCCCUUAGCAGGGCACAUUCCCCCACCCCAGCAUGGAUCUAGCUCUUUCUUUCCAGCUUAGCUCUGACUAUUGUGUGCACUUUCUCCUGUUUGUUUUAAUUUAUUAAAAAGCAAAAUAUUGAGGAAUUGCUGGUGUGUGGGCCCUGGUCCCAAACCUCCUGCCCACUCCUGGACACAUCUGUUUGACCUGAGGUGGUUUCAGUAAGCCUUUGACUAAUGUCAAAGGAACAGCUACUUCUUGAACCUAAAAAAUCCCAUAAAUGCUGGGAGGAUGCUUUUCCUAUUUCAGCAUCAAAGCUGUGAAAGGAUCCCAGGGAACCUGGGAAAUGUGGCAGUGUGUCCUAGUGCUGGUACAGCGCUAAUGCCACCAGACCUCUGUAUCCCUUCCUCUCUCCUCCCAGGCUACCCUUGCUCUCAGACCAAGGCCAUUCUACAGGGAGGGAGCAUUGCGUGCAAGUGGGAUGUGCAAGUGUGUGACCUUGUCAAAGUCACUGUUUUUUCUGUCAUUCUAGUUCCAGGGUCUCUUCCACGAGGACGACAGGCAUCCGGAAAGUGCUAACCUGCCACUUUGGGUGCUUACCGUCUCUGACUUGUUUCCAUCACUGGAAAUCCCAUAGACAAUGUUAGUGAUUUUGGUCCUUGGUAAAACCUAGAAGAUGUUUGUGAUGUUACCAAAUGAAAGUUUUGUUUUUUAAGAACCUAAGAAGUUGUGAACGUUGUCAAUCAUUUAGCAGUUGCAAUAAAUGUAGAGGAAACCCAGUUUCC